GGGGUCCCGGCGCCCAGAGCCGCGCCCCAGGCACAGCCGGCGGCGCCAUGAGGGAGAUCGUGCACAUCCAGGCGGGCCAGUGCGGGAACCAGAUCGGAACCAAGUUCUGGGAGGUGAUCAGCGAUGAGCACGGGAUUGACCCGGCCGGAGGCUACGUCGGGGAGUCGGCGCUGCAGCUGGAGCGGAUCAGCGUCUACUACAGCGAGUCGUCUUCUCAGAAAUAUGUGCCCAGGGCGGCCCUCGUGGACCUGGAGCCAGGCACCAUGGACAGUGUACGCUCUGGGCCUUUUGGUCAACUCUUCCGGCCAGACAACUUUAUUUUCGGACAAACUGGUGCAGGGAACAACUGGGCAAAAGGCCACUACACGGAGGGCGCGGAGCUGGUGGACUCCGUGCUGGACGUGGUGCGGAAGGAGUGCGAGCACUGCGAUUGUCUGCAGGGCUUCCAGCUCACGCACUCGCUGGGCGGGGGCACGGGCUCGGGCAUGGGCACGCUGCUCAUCAGCAAGAUCCGCGAGGAGUACCCCGACCGCAUCAUGAACACCUUCAGCGUCAUGCCCUCGCCCAAGGUGUCGGACACGGUGGUGGAGCCCUACAACGCCACCCUGUCGGUGCACCAGCUGGUGGAGAACACGGACGAGACGUACUGCAUCGACAACGAGGCGCUGUACGACAUCUGCUUCCGCACCCUCAAGCUCACCACGCCCACCUACGGCGACCUCAACCACCUGGUGUCAGCCACCAUGAGCGGUGUCACCACCUCCCUGCGCUUCCCGGGCCAGCUCAACGCCGACCUGCGCAAGCUGGCCGUGAACAUGGUGCCCUUCCCGCGCCUGCACUUCUUCAUGCCUGGCUUCGCCCCGCUGACCGCCAGAGGCAGCCAGCAGUACCGGGCCCUGACGGUGCCAGAACUGACCCAGCAGAUGUUCGAUGCCAAGAACAUGAUGGCCGCGUGCGACCCGCGCCACGGGCGCUACCUGACCGUGGCCACCGUCUUCCGAGGCCCCAUGUCCAUGAAGGAGGUGGAUGAGCAGAUGCUGGCCAUCCAGAACAAGAACAGCAGCUACUUCGUGGAGUGGAUCCCCAACAACGUGAAGGUGGCCGUGUGCGACAUCCCACCCCGGGGGCUGAAGAUGGCCUCCACCUUCAUCGGCAACAGCACGGCCAUCCAGGAGCUGUUCAAGCGCAUCUCGGAGCAGUUCUCUGCCAUGUUCCGCCGCAAGGCCUUCCUGCACUGGUUCACUGGCGAGGGCAUGGAUGAGAUGGAGUUCACGGAGGCUGAGAGCAACAUGAACGACCUGGUGUCCGAGUACCAGCAGUACCAGGAAGCCACAGCCAACGAUGGGGAGGAAACCUUUGAGGACGACGAAGAGGAGAUUCACGAAUAGCAGAGAGGUGCUGUCUCGGGUGCAAGGCAGAUGUUCUUUUGUUAAUGCCAGUGAAUCAUAACCCCAAUGGCUGCACACGGUGUGCUGGUCCCCCUGGGUCCAGAAAGGCCCCUCUCAGAUGCAAUGAAACUGUCAAUCACGUGGAAUGAAGAAAGUGCAUCAGAGUAGCAGGUGAUUGGCAGGUCUACCCAACCACAAGAUUUUCUACUGGACGCCUAAGAAGAACUCAUGGGCUCAUGAAGGGUUAUAUCAGCUUCACCCUCUAUUUGCCUUUGAAGCCAGGUCUGAGAGUGGGUAGGGAAGUUAGAACGUGGUUUUCAUCUUUUGUGAAGAAAGAAGGAUCUGUGCAGUGCUGGAUAAUGCAGU